AUGGGUUUUCAAGAUAAAGACAAUCCUGAUGCAGUUUGCAAACUCAAUAAGGCGAUAUAUGGGCUCAAGCAAGCCCCACGGGCAUGGUACAAUGAGUUGCGCAUGUUCUUAUUACAAGCUGGAUUUACAAAUUCAGUUGUGGAUGCUUCUUUGUUCAUCUACAACCAGAAUGGGAUCCUCCUUUACAUGCUUGUCUAUGUCGAUGACAUAAUCAUCACCGGCAACAGUCCACCACAUAUUUCCCGGUUUAUCGCUUCUCUCUCUCAACGCUUUUCCCUUAAAGAUUUAGGCGCUUUAUCUUAUUUCUUAGGUAUUGAGGUUACUCACACUAAACAUGGAUUACACUUGACACAAUAUCGUUAUAUUGCAUACUUACUUCAUAAGGUGAAUAUGACGAAUGCAAAAACAGUAGCCACACCAAUGGAGGCCAACUCUUUACUCACCUUACACUCGGGUACGGCCUUAGAUGAUGCUACGGAAUAUCGCAUGGUGGUGGGCAGUCUCCAAUAUUUGUCUCUUACACGUCCGGAUAUCUCGUUUGCCGUCAACAAGUUAUCACAAUUCAUGCACCGACCGACGAAUGAACAUUGGGCUGCAGUGAAACGUGUUCUCCGAUAUCUCUUGGGAACCAAAACACAUGGCAUUUUUCUUCCCGCCAAGAACACUCCAACUCUACAUGCAUUCACAGAUGCUGACUGGGCAGGUAACAAAGAUGAUUAUACCUCUACAAGUGCCUACGUCGUCUAUCUUGGAAGUCAUCCUGUGGCAUGGUCGUCUAAAAAGCAAACGGGAGUAGCUCGAUCAUCUACCGAGGCUGAGUAUCGAGCUCUAGCAUCCACCACAUCCGAGAUUUUCUGGACUAUGUCACUUCUCUCUGAACUGGGCAUCACCAACACCACCACACCAGUCAUUUAUUGUGACAAUAUUGGAGCCACUUACCUUGCGGCUAAUCCCGUCUUCCACUCCAGAAUGAAGCAUAUUACCUUGGACUAUCAUUUUGUGCGCCAAUUUGUUCAAGGAGGACAGCUUCGGGUCACUCAUGUUACUUCUGAUGACCAAUUGGCCAAUGCUCUCACAAAACCACUCCCACGCACUCGGUUUCAAUCGCUUACGGUCGGACUUUCCAAUGGCCGUCCGUCUUGA